AUGAGUGAGGCCAAAAUUGGCAUCGAAUACCUGUCCGUAGGCGCCAACAGGCAUACGGCGGGGGCGGACUGGAGCGAGAAUGGCUUGGUGGCUUUCGGCACCGACUCCAACAUUGCCCUCUGGCAGCCCAAUGAUGACAAUGUGAAGGGCGUUGGCAGAAUUCUCCAAGGCCAUACAGAUGCCGUCAAGGCCGUCAAGUUUCUCCCCAAGCUGGAGAAUGAGACCGACUCAUAUCUCGUGUCUGGUGGUGACGACAAGAGCUUCAAGAUUUGGAAGAUAGACGAGAACAAUUCGGCGGCAUGCGUCAAGACGGUCGCGGAACAUACAGCUCCCGUCAAUUGUAUUGCAUCUCUUCACAGUCGUCAAGCUAGACAGACACACAUCUUUGCCACUGGAGCAGCAGACGCAACCGUCAAGAUAUGGCGCUUUGAAAACGGCGAAGUCACAUUACUGCAAACGGUCAAACCCAGUCCCAAGUUCUUCCCUCUUUGUCUGGCCCUGAGCGAACUCAGUCCUCAAGGCGAAGGCAUCGCCUUGGCAGUAGCAGGAACGAGGAACAUUGUCCAGGUAUUUGUGGCCGAGUCGACGCCGGAACCCAAAUUCGAGCUGCAAGCUACUCUCACUGGCCACGAAGAAUGGAUUCGCUCGCUAGAUUUUGCCUUUGAGUCAUCUGGAGAAUCGGGUGACUUGAUCCUCGCAUCUGCUAGCCAAGACAAGUACAUUCGGUUAUGGCGUUUCCACCAGGGCAAAGAGCUUCCAGCAGCGGCUGCUGCUGGCAACGACCCGACUCUUGGUACUUUUCUGCCCGGCAAAUCGCCAUCCAACAAGGCCCAUCGUCUUCAAGCUGGCGACAAAGAUUACUCAAUCACUUUUGAGGCACUGUUGCUAGGUCACGAUGACUGGAUCUACAGCGCUAAAUGGUUCAAUGACGCAGAGGGACGAACUCAACUGCUAUCGACUUCGGCAGACAACACGCUUGCCAUAUGGGAGGCAGAUCCCACGUCAGGCAUUUGGGUGACGACGGUUCGCCUUGGCGAGAUUAGCCGUGAGAAGGGAGCCACGACAGCAACCGGAAGUACAGGCGGAUUCUGGACCGGUCUCUGGUCGCCAAAUGGACAGACAGUGAUCACGCUAGGUCGGACUGGAAGUUGGAGGCGUUGGGAUUAUAACAAGGAAGAGAUCAACUGGGUUCAAAAGAUUGGCAUCAGCGGCCACGUACGAUCCGUGACGGGUAUUUCGUGGUCCAAGAAUGGCGAGUAUCUCUUGUCCACCAGUCUUGACCAAACGACGCGGCUGCACGCCAAGUGGAAGACGGGAGCUGGCGGAAAGACCUGGCACGAGAUGGCCAGGCCGCAAAUCCACGGCUACGACUUGAACUGCAUCGAUUCUAUCGGAUCAUCGCAAUUCGUCUCUGGAGCCGAUGAGAAGCUGAUGCGAGUCUUCAACGAGCCCAAAGCCGUCGCAAAGCUGCUGAAUCGCCUCUGCGACAUUGGCGACUCGCAGAUUGAUAACCUACCAGACGCAGCAAACAUGCCUGUGCUUGGUCUCUCGAACAAAGCUAUCGAGGCAGUUGAUGACGAGCAAGAAAUUGAGGCAGUGAACCCCGAGAAGGACCGCGAGGCCCUUGAUCCUGGCUCAACCGUCCGAAAGUCCGUCUUGGAAAUUGACCAUCCUCCAUUUGAGGACAGUCUUUCCAGGCAUACGCUGUGGCCCGAGGUGGAAAAGCUGUAUGGACACGGCUACGAACUUUCGAGUCUGGCUGUCAGCCAUGAUGGCACUGUCAUAGCAAGCGCCUGCAAGGCCAGCUCGCUCAACCACGCCGUCAUCAGGAUAUUCGAGACGGAAAAGUGGACCGAGGUCAGGCCACCAUUAGCUGCUCAUACUUUGACAGCCACACGAUUGAGAUUCUCUUCAGAUGAUAGGUAUCUGCUUUCAGUUGGCCGAGACCGACAAUGGGCCGUCUUUGCGCGGGACACCGAAGAUAAAUUACAGUACAAGCCCCUGCAGACCAACCCGAAGGGUCACACAAGAAUGAUCCUCGAUGCCGCGUGGGCACCCGAGACAGAGUCUCUGGUUUUUGCUACAGCAGGCAGAGACAAGCAGAUCAAGCUUUGGAAAAAGGGCGCUUCCGACGAUGCGAUUGUGCUGGCAACCUCGAUACCAGCAACACACCCUGUAACAGCAAUUGACUUUCUCCCCCGAAAGGAUGAGAGUGGCAAGUUCCUGCUUGCCUCUGGAACCGAAGACGGAAAGGUAUCGGUGCAUAUCAUUGAGCCAGAGACACUCGCCGUCGUGUCCAGCGUGGUAUUGGAAUCCAAUCUAUCUCUUGCCAAGGCGGUUGCUCAAUUAUCGUGGCGGCCAAACGUAGCAGAGAAAGAGUUGGCAAUUGCAGGAGAAGAUGCCUCUUUGAGAGUCUAUUCUCUGGCGUGA